UUACAGGCGGGAAGUUCAGUCGUCUGGCUGUGAACACAAAGCAACACGCGUACUGUGACAAAGGAUUUAAACACUUAAAGCUAAUUCAAAAUGCCGUCCGAAAAGGAAGAAGUACAAACCGUAACCGAGACGACCGAGACAACUGAAACUCCAGAUUUUCCAGAAAUUAAAACAAAAACUGUCGAGGAUGUAAAGCGAGCUGUAGAGGAAGCCGAAAAGGCAAAGGAGGACCAAGGAGAUGCAGAGGACCAAGUUGAAAGUACAGAAUCAUUAGAGAAAGCUGAUGAAAAUGGGGACAGUCACAAUGACGAAGAAAAUGUCAACCAGAACGCUUUAGAAUCAACAGAAUCAGAAAAGAGGACACUAGAUGAAGAAGAGGCUGAUAAUGAGGAGACCAGUCCAACUAAAAAGACAAAAACAUCAGAUCCCGAAUCAAAUGAAACGUCAGAGCCAGAAGCAACUGAAACUUCAGAGCCAGAAGCAACUGACCAACCCUAUGAUGAUGACGAAGACAGUGCAGAUGCAUAGACCAUUUCUCAUUGACAAUGUGAUCAUAUCAUUUACCAUUGUUUCAUCUUGUUUAUUGAGAGUUGUUCAUCUCUGUAUUUAAAUCACUGCAGCCAAACAUGUUGGAUGUUUUAUUUUAGUAUAUUUGUGGAAUAAAUGUCGUCUAAACUCAA